AUGGUCAAUCACAGAGGUAUUGAAGCCAAUCCCGCGAAGAUCAAAGCUUUGCUAGAUAUGAAGUCCCUGACCAACGUCAAACAGGUACAAAGCUUAACCGGGAGGAUAGCUGCUUUGAACAGGUUUGUGUCGAAGUCCUCAGAAAAAUGCAAAGAGUUCUUCAAGGCCGUGAAAGGCGCAUCCAAGGACUUUAAAUGGACAGUAGAGUGUGAAGACGCUUUUGUGAAAAUCAAAAAACACUUGGGCGAUCCACCCCUCUUAGCCAAACCUGAUGAAGGUGAGACGCUCAUACUCUACCUGGCUGUCUCAGACUACUCCAUUAGUGCCGUGUUAGUGAAGGAGGACGCGGAAGGUCAGUCCCCCGUUUACUAUGUAAGCAAAAGGUUGUUGGACGCAGAGACCCGCUACACAAGUAUGGAAAAGUUGGUAUACGCCUCGAUACAUGCAUCCCGAAAGCUGCGACCUUACUUCCAAGCACAUACGGUAGAGGUCAGAACCGCAUACCCUCUUCGACAAAUCAUGCAUAAACCAGAAGUCACAGGUAGGAUGAUGAAAUGGGCGAUCGAGCUAGGACAAUUUGACAUUGAUUACAAGCCACGAACCACCAUCAAAGGACAAGCUUUAGCUGACUUCAUUUUGGAAUUUCCAGAAGACGGAGAAAACUCUGGCCUGUUAAUCAAAUACGAUCCCGACCUACCAUCACAACUGGACGCUCCGAAAGAAGAUAUCCCCGAGCUGUGGUGGAUAGUGCAUACCGACGGAGCAGUAAACGAUGAUGGGGCAGGUGCAGGUAUAGUGUUGGUAAGCUCCGAGGGACACAGACUCUUGAAUGCAAUUCACUUUACCUUCCAACUAUCCAACAACGACGCAGAAUAUGAGGCAUUAGUGGGAGGCUUAAAGCUGGCUCUCGAGAUGAAAGUCAGAAGGCUCGUGGUAAAGCUUGACUCAAUGUUGGUGGUGAAACACAUCAAAGGGGGGUACCAAGCCAAGGGGCCUAAGACAGCUAUGUAUCUUAAAUACGUCCAAAGGUUGUUAGACCAGUUCGAGGAGGUACAAGUGAACAAAGUACCUAGGGAGUUCAACGGAGACGCCGACGCCUUAGCAAAGUUGGGAUCUCAGAAAGACGCAGCCCUGUUAGGGGUGAUUCGAUUAGAAGUUCAGGAGGUGCCUAGCAUCCCGGAACUAGAUGUCAUGGAAGCAGGAGACGGCAUCGAGCGUCAAACAUGGAUGACACCGAUAUGGGAUUUCAUUAAAGAAGGAAAGUUACCUGAGGAUAAAGCCGAAGCUCGGAGGCUAAGAUAUAAGGCAGCCCGGUAUGUGGAGUAUGAUGGCAAACUAUAUAAGAGAGGCUUCAACCAACCAUUACUGAAGUGUAUAGACGGUGACGAAUGCACCUAUGUGUUGAAAGAGGUCCAUGAAGGCAUAUGUGGGAAUCACUCGGGAGGCAACUCGUUAACUAUGAAGAUUCUGAGGCAAGGGUACUGCUGGCCUACCCUAAGGAGUGACGCCUUCGACUUUGCCAGAGCAUGUGAUAAGUGCCAACAGUUCGCCAACUUCACCCAUAACCCAGCAACAUCCUUGACCAGCAUGACCAGUCCUUGGCCUUUUGCCAUGUGGGGGAUAGACUUGAUUGGGGAACUCCCUAAAGCCAAGGGAGGUGUGAAGUAUGCAGUGGUAGCCGUGGAUUACUUUACCAAGUGGGCGGAGGCCGCGCCUUUAGCCACCAUCACAGCCAAAAAGAUUAAAGAUUUUGUUUUUAACUCUAUUGUUUGCAGGUUUGGAAUUCCUUAUAAGCUGAUCUCGGACAACAGGAAGCAAUUCGACAGCAAGGAGCUGAGAGGCCUUUGCGAUGACCUUUGA